AUGAAGUCUCUCUCUCUCAUCCUCUCAGCCCUGGCUGUCCAGGUCGCUGUUGCUCAAACCCCAGACAAGGGCAAGGAGCAACACCCCAAGCUCGAGACCUACCGCUGCACCAAGGCUGCCGGCUGCAAGAAGCAAACCAACUACAUCGUCGCUGACGCUGGUAUGCACAACAUCCACCAGAAGAACGGCGCUGGCUGCGGUGACUGGGGCCAAAAGCCCAACGCCACAGCCUGUCCCGAUGAAGCAUCAUGUGCCAAGAACUGUAUCCUCAGUGGUAUGGACUCGAAUGCUUACAAAAACGCUGGCAUCACUACUUCUGGCAACAAGCUUCGUCUCCAGCAGCUUAUCAACAACCAGCUUGUUUCUCCUCGAGUUUAUCUGCUUGAGGAGAACAAGAAGAAGUAUGAGAUGCUUCACCUUACUGGCACUGAGUUCUCUUUCGACGUUGAGAUGGAGAAGCUUCCUUGUGGUAUGAAUGGUGCUCUAUACCUUUCUGAGAUGCCUCAGGAUGGUGGUAAGAGCACGAGCAAGAACAGCAAGGCUGGUGCUUACUAUGGUGCUGGAUACUGUGAUGCUCAGUGCUACGUCACUCCCUUCAUCAACGGAGUUGGCAACAUCAAGGGACAGGGUGUCUGCUGUAACGAGCUCGACAUCUGGGAGGCCAACUCCCGCGCCACUCACAUCGCUCCUCACCCCUGCAACAAGCCCGGCCUCUACGGCUGCACAGGCGACGAGUGCAGCAGCUCCGGCAUCUGCGACAAGGCCGGCUGCGGCUGGAACCACAACCGCAUCAACGUGACCGACUUCUACGGCCGCGGCAAGAAGUACAAGGUCGACAGCACCCGCAAGUUCACCGUCACCUCCCAGUUCGUCGCCAACAAGCAGGGAGACCUCAUCGAGCUGCACCGCCACUACAUCCAGGACAACAAGGUCAUCGAGUCUGCCGUGGUCAACAUCUCCGGCGUCCCCAAGAUCAACUUCAUGAACGACAAGUACUGCGCUGCCACCGGUGCCACCGAGUACAUGCGCCUCGGCGGCACCAAGCAGAUGGGCGAUGCCAUGUCCCGCGGAAUGGUCCUCGCCAUGAGUGUCUGGUGGAGCGAGGGUGACUUCAUGGCCUGGUUGGAUCAGGGCGUUGCUGGCCCCUGUGACGCGACUGAGGGCGAUCCCAAGAACAUCGUCAAGGUGCAGCCCAACCCUGAAGUGACAUUCAGCAACAUCCGAAUUGGAGAGAUUGGAUCUACUUCAUCGGUCAAGGCUCCUGCUUAUCCUGGCCCUCACCGCUUGUAAGAAGAUCAAACAACACCGAUGUUCAAUAUGGAUCCUGAGUGUCCACUUGCU